AUGCGUGAGGUAAUCCAAGAGCUGGAAGCCUUCAAACAUUCAGGUCAAUCUGAAGAUACAGAAGCACUGAAGAGCGUGAUUCUCCUUCUCAGUGAGUAUCUUCAACAGCAGAAACCAGCUGAUGCAGAAAACGAUGCCGGACUGCGAGAAAGAAUCAGAAACCUGAGUAUCUUUCCGGUUAUCUCGGAUACUCAUUCCUCGGACCAGCAAUCGGUUGUCAUACUUCGGUCGCUCGCAGAUGAUUGGUACAUUGCAGAUCAAAGUGGAUUGAGGAGCUCCUUUCUGGGACGAGUCGAGCUUCUCGACUUUGAUGUUCUGAAAGAGAUUGACGAACUUCUCCCUUUGAUCAAAUGGCUUGAUAUCGACUGCCUUCUAUUGAGCACAGCGGUGAAGGAGUCGAGCAGUACUAUAGGCCCAGCUGUGUUAAUCAACGAUUGGUCUCAAUCUCUUCAAAGGAGAGCAAAAUUCGCAUCCUUGCUUGGAAACAACACGGACGGUUCUACGAGCGAGAAUGCUCCAGUGUAUCGACUUUCGCAAGUCUCGAGCAUUGUGGUUCGUAGGAAAGUUGGACAGAUCCAUGGUUUAUCUGAAGACGGUAAAAUUCUCAUCGAGCAGACGGAUGGCUUCAUUGACGUGUAUGUCCUGCGCGAUCCGUUCGAUAACCAGGAUAGACGGGUCAGUCGGGAGCUUUCGAAGCUCUUCAUCGACCAAUAUCAAAUCACCAAGCCAGAGCAUGUCACGCAGCUUCGCGACAUCCUGGGCGCGAAGCUCAGCGAGAUGGGAGAUCUGCUGGAAGAGGUUGGCAUCCGGUGUCCUUGGUCUGAGGAGACUCCUGAGGAGACCAACACUCAGUCGAGAACGGUCAAUGUCGCCACUGUUUCGCCGGCGACAUCAACAGCGGCAAAGAAGGUUCUUCAGUCUGUCAAAGUGAUUGGCCGGACUCCGUCUGCUUUCUCAUCAAGGCCCAAUGGACAUAACAGUACUGAUCGAGACCGCUUCAAGGAAAUGAAUGAGUAUUUCAAGAAGCGGAUUUCGGACUGGGACCCAAACCUACAUUGGACAAGCAAAUUGCGAGUCGAGAAGGGCUAUUCAGACUUCGAGGGCGAUGAGUCAAAGACAGCAGAUUUCAAGUAUAUGGACGAGGAGGGCCGCAUGCUUCCUGUCAUGGGUCUUCCUUCUCCUGCUCAAGAUUGGGGAGAUAAGCACAUCACAUACCACAUAGAGGUAAAGGGGACGGUCCUUGGAAACAGUGAGCCAUUCCAUAUGAGCCAGCAUCAAAUGGAUUUGGCACUCAAGUACUCGAAGGCUGUCCCCAAGGAUAUUUACGUGAUCGCUCGUGUCUACCAUCUGCGCGCGAUCACCAGAGUCAGGUUCCACAUCGACGCUUGGCGCUAUAUUAGCGCAGGCAGACUCGAACUUAGAAAUGAAGGCUAUGAAGUCACACCUGCGGAAGAAUGA